AUGUUCCACCACUUGGAGGGGGAGGAAUACAGCUUGGCCGGCUGCAGCCUUUACCCUCAACUCUUGAAACACUUCAGUGAUGUAAGUCAACAAGCCUACUCGAAAUGGACUUCAUCCAUGCCCUGGUGCUUCCCAAACAUUUGGGGGGGGGGCUGCCCCUUUGGUUCCAUAGCCUCAUCCCCAGUGCCCCCUACACUAUGAAAAGAAUCACAGUGGUACCUUGGUUCUCAAACUUAAUCCGUUCAAAAAAUCCGUUCAAAAACCAAAGCGUUUCAAAACCAAGGUGUGCUUUCUGCGGACUGUCUCGCCGGAGUGGUGCAUGCUCUGGUUAUCUCCCGCUUGGACUACUGCAAUGCACUCUAUGUGGGGCUACUUUUGAAGGUGACUCGGAAACUACAACUAAUCCAGAAUGCGGCAGCUAGACUGGUGACUGGGGGCGGCCGCCGAGACCAUAUAACACCGGUCUUGAAAGACCUACAUUGGCUCCCAGUACGUUUCCGAGCCCAAUUCAAAGUGUUGGUGCUGACCUUUAAAGCCCUAAACGGCCUCGGUCCAGUAUACCUGAAGGAGCGUCUCCACCCCCAUCGUUCUGCCCGGACACUGAGGUCCAGCGCUGAGGGCCUUCUGGCGGUUCCCUCAUUGCGAGAAGCAAAGCUACAGGGAACCAGGCAGAGGGCCUUCUCAGUAGUGGCGCCCGCCCUGUGGAACGCCCUUCCAGCAGAUGUCAAAGCGAUAAACAACUACCUGACAUUCAGAAGACAUCUUAAGGCAGCCCUGGUCAGGGAAGUUUUUAACGUGUGAUAUUUUACUGUAUUUUUGGUUUCUAUGGAAGCCGCCCAGAGUGGCUGGGGAGGCCCAGCCAGAUGGGCGGGGUAUAAAUAAUAAAUUAUUAUUAUUAUUAUUAUUAUUAUUAUUAUUAUUAUUAUUUCCCAUAGAAAGUAAUGCAAAACGGAUUAAUCCAUUCCAGACUUUGAAAAACAACCCUAAAACAGCAAUUUAACAUGUAUUUUACUCUCUAAUGAGACCAUUGAUCCAUAAAAUGAAAGCAAUAAUCAAUGUACUGUACUAUAAAAUAAAUAAGACAGUAUUGUAGAUGAUAAAAAUUAAAAUAUUUUUUUUUCUUACCUGCACUGAUGAUAGUCAUUGUUUGGAUGGGGAGCUUUUAUCCAUUUCCACAGUCACACAAUCAAUCUAUCAGUAGCUGAACUGGGUUCCACACAGUCACAAAGACUAAUUAACCGAAAAAGCCUCAAAAACAAAAAUGUAAAAAUAAAUAGUAAAAACAAAAGCGCCAAAUACAGUGGUACCUUGGUUCUCAAACUUUAAUCCGUUCCGGAAGUCCAUUUGACUUCUGAAAUGUUCAAAAACCAUGGCGCGGUUUCUGAUUGGUGUUCGGCUUCCGAAAAACGUUCAAAAACCGGAACGCUUCUACUUCCAGGUUUUUGGCAUUUGGGAACCAAGGCAUUUGAGUACCAAGCAGUUUGAGAACCAAGUUACCACUGUAUUCAGAAUAGAGGUUUGCACGACCCACUAAGGAAGAUGAUAACACAAAAUCGAAAUUCCUUUUUAUCUUCCUUCCUUCCUUCCUUCCUUCCUUCCAUCCAUCUUCUUUCUUCUUUCUUCUCUCUUUUCCUUUUGUUUUCCUUGGUGUCCUCUGCUCAGAGCCAUUGAUUAUUGGGCUCUUUGAGCAUGGUCAAUGGGGGAGUGGGGCAACUGCCCCUUCAAUCAAGCAAAUAAAGAAAAAUACUUAAUUAACUGACCAAUCGCAUCACAGAUAGCUUGGUUCUUCUGCCACCCCCCCCCCCAACAUUAAUACUGCUUCACCAACAUAAAUUCUGGCUACGCCCAUGUUGGGCUCCAAGGAAGGUGAUGGCUUGUUGGUGAAGGACCCUAAGUGAGAGACAGGGAAGGGAAGAGGCUGGGAGGGUUGACCCCUUUCCUGGUGAGACAAGGGUUAAGAGCUAUCCUUGAGAGAAGACUCUGCAUUUCUGUUGCUCUUUCUGUUUUUAUUUAGAUCAGUUUCCUUUUUUUAUUGUAUUAUGAAAAAGCCUUAAUAAAGACUUAUAGGAAAAAAUAAAGAAGAUAAUAACACAGUGAAAUUCAGAACACCAGCUGCGCCGUCUUGCCCCUGCAAUUGAGGGGCAGGCGCUGUGUGACAUGCACAUGUCAUGCACACAUGCCACGCCAUGUGCCGCACGCACGCCGCAUUUACACCUCAAGCCCCCCUCUGUCACCCCCCCACAAGUGAUCCCACUGGCCUAAUCUGCAAGACUUCUUCCUUCACCUGCACUUCAGGUGACUCUGUCUGCCAGCAGGUGAUGCUGGCAGAACUUUAGAUGCACCAGGAUGAACUCAGUCCGUUAAGCUUAACGGUGGUGGGCAAAGGCCCCCGGGGUUGGUCCCCUGUUGCGUGGGCCCAGACAACACCCUCAAACAACCAGACCCAUAGUGAACGAGAAGCGUUUCCUCAGCUAAACUCCCUGAAACGGGUUUGCCCUGCACAGCACUUGGGACUGACUGGCGUUCUCCUCCUCUCUCUCCUCAGGAGGACAAUGAGCUCAGCCUUUGCUCCAUCAUUCUUUUCGGGAUGCUGUUGAGGGGCGUGAAGGAAGAGCACAGAAACAGGGUGGAGGACAUUGUCAUCAGGAGCCUCGUCCCCCUGAUAAUCCAGCUAACUGACCCUGUGAGCGGAGAGGUAGGUUGAGGCUGGAAGGGCCAGUCUGGGCAUCGCCUGGCCCCUUUGGCAAACUCCUUCUCCCUGGCAACUGUCACACGCAGCUGGAACGCAGAGGAAUGUUUCUCUGCCUGUGGAAACCCCUUACGAUACCAAUGCUGGGUGGUCCUCAAAGCAUCUGUUGCAGCUGAGGAACUCUCCCCUUUCCUGGGAAUUUCCACAUGAGGAGCGUUGCUCUGCGUGUUCCAGCAGGGCUUGGAGAAUCAUCCCAUGCUGCCCCACAGAUCAAGUAAUGCGUAGGCUGGUCUUGAAUGGGUGGGCCUCGAUUGUGCUUGGGGUCUGAGUCAUCACCACACCUGAGGUCAGAAAAGUUAGAGAUCCUUGCAGAUACCAUGCUAUGGUUGGGAUUGCUCUGCAAAAGGUUGGAACCAUCAGAGUCAUCGAACCACAGAAUCAGAGUUGGAAGGGAUCCCAAGGUCCUCUAGUCCAACCCCUGCAAUUCAGGAAUCUCAGCUCAAGCAUCCUUGACAGAUGGUCCUCCAACUUUUGCUUAAAAACCUCCAGUGAAGGAGAGGCCACCGCCUUCCAAGGAAGUUGGUUCUGGAAGUCUUCUGAUCCAGGCUGGUUAGCUUUAAGGAGUGGAAACCCUGCAGGGUUGGUUUUAAAACCUGGUCGUUAGACACUAUUUGAAACACCAAGGUUUGAGUUUUUGGGUUUGGAAGCUAAGCCUUGACACCUCUGCUGUCACUGUGAUCAGCUGACUAGGCCGGCCUGGUGGAGGUUCAUUUAGCAGCCAGUAACCAGAGGGAGGGUCUUUUUCAGGGUGGCUCCUCUCUAUGGAAUCACUUCCCUUCUGAGCGCAGGUGAGCCCCUACAUUAGUGGCGUUUUGAUGCUUGUUAAAAACCUAGGUGAGCUCUCAGGGUUUAAUUCCCAGUGGGCUAGUUGUGUUUUUAACCCUACCUGGGUUACUGUCUGCAUUUUAUUUGCAUUGCGGCCUCAAUGCAGAUAUGUAUAUUUUCAAAGCUGUUGCAAGCCUAAGGCUUGAUGUGAAGUAAAAUGUCACCCAUCCUUUCAAUUCUAGGAGUGUCAAAUUGUCCUUAACACAAUUGUCACCUUCCUGAAACUGGGGGAGCUGCCCUUUGACAUCUUUGAGUCUGUGCAGCAAGACAGACUCUACCACAGAUUCUCAGUUAUCUGCAAGUACAUUGUGAGUAAAAUUAACAUGGUCAACUGUUCCCUCCAGACUCUUUCACCAGAUUUCUUCAGAGGAGAAGAAAUUUUCCCACCAUUUCUUAAGUUUGGGACUCACUUACUUUCCUCCCAAACUGUGUGUGUUUGAUGUGGGCAGUGGGAGUUGCAGGCUUAUUUUAUUCUACUGCCUGGCUACUAUCAUAUUUUGUAUCCACCACAAUGCCCCAGAUCACGGCUUGGGUGAGGAAGUGGAAGAAUAUCUAGAUGAAAUUCUGCAAAAUAGACUCUUGAGAAAUGGGGUGUGUGUGUGUGUGUUUUGAUUUUUCUUAGAAAGAUGCUGUGCAACAGCUGCAGCACUCCUAGCGGCUCAUCCCUCUCUCCCUCUGCUAAAUUAACCCCCCAGUUUUAUGCCAUUGUGGUGUACUGAUGUGCAUCUCCCUGGAUCAGCUGUGGCUGCAGACCCUCAAAGUGUCCCUAUUUUCCAGGGACGUCCUUGUUUUAGAGAAGCCAUCCCGGUUUCUGGUUUGAUCCUGGAAUGUCCCACUUUUCCUUAGGAUGUCCCUAUUUUCACUGGAGAAAUGUUGGAGGGUAUGGAGUUAUCCGACCUCUGAGCCGUCUGAAGGAAUCCUGUAUAUCAAAGUUUUUUAACGUUUAGUGUUUUGUUAUGGUUUUAUGUGUGUUGGAAGCUGCCCAAAGUGGCUGGGGCAACCCACUAAGAUGGGUGGGGUAUAAAUAGUCAAAUUCUCAUUAUGGAAUGGGGCGUCCCUGUUUUCAUCAGAGAAAUGUUGGAAGGUAUGUGGCUGCAGCAUCUGCCUUCUCAUCUCCCUGUGUCUGUAUCUGUGGCAUCAGCAUCAGCCGGCCACAGCCACCAGCUUGCCCUUGCCUUCUCCAUCACAGAUGUCUUCUAAGACAUUUUGUCACUAUUAUCUAUGUGUAGCACAGCCGCAAACAGAGGCCCAGCAACACUGCCGCAUCCACAGUUAUGCUAUGGAACUCACUGCCACAAGACGCACAGCUGGCCACUAGCUUGGAUGGCUUUAAAAUAAGAUUGGACAAAUUCAUGGAGGGUGGCUCUGCUCUGAUUCCAUAGUUCUACCAACUAAACCAACUAAAUUUUUCUGUGCUCUUAAUACUUGGGCAUGAAGUAUGAUUCUGCAUUAUAUAAAGGCAGUAGUAUUACUGUGGGUGGCCAAUUCGGAAACAAUGAGGUCAUACUUUUCAAGUAUUGUUUGGCCACCACGAGGGAUAGAAAUGCGUUAAGAAGCUGGAGUUUUACAAAAGACUAAUCUGGCACCUCGGUUGUCUUCCUGUCCACUCCCCCCGCCCCCCCCCCAGUUGUGGAGAUACAGGCAGAGGUUGCGGGACAUGCUCACGCAGAUGAUGGAAUACCUAAAGAGCAGAAACCCUGCGCAUCGCGAGGCAGCGACCAUAUUGAUAGGUAAUUGAAAACAAGGCUCUUGAGAGGAAAGGGGAUUUCAGGGCAUGAGACAGAAGUGGGAUUUCAGCUGGGAAACCUGGAGACGGAGAGGCAGGGAUGCAACUCCAGGUGUCAUGCUUCCUAACUCUGUCCAAAGGAGAGCGCUAAAUGGAGGCUGCACCCAGAAAGCAGUUUCUUUCCACCAAUUGCCCACAGCAAGUCAGGCGCUUCUCCAUUGUUGUUGUUGUUUACCUGACCCAUGCCCCAAGGUCCCAGGGUGGGUUACCACUUUUAAAUACAGUGACUAAUUUCUUGCGAUUGGUGCACCGCGCACACUGGAAGUUGCCUGAAAACGUCACCGAAACAUCGUUAAGAUGUCACUGAAAGGGCAGAGCAAGGGUCGAAUGGGGGUGGGGUACGGCAGGGCGGAACAAGGGUGGGGUGGAAUGCUUUACCAAUGCGUGGGGGGGUCUGGAACAUAACUCCCACGCAAAAUGAGGAUUGUGAGGAGAUUUCACCCCUCCCAUAUCCAAGAAUCUCCUGAGGAGUCUGCUGAUUCUCCAGAGAGGAGGAGGCAUGUUCUGCUCUCUACUUAUUCUGCUCCAGCACCGAGUCAGUCAGUCAGUCAGUGUCAGAGAGAGAGAGAGAGAGAGAGACUGAGUGUUAGAGAUCGUGUGUAGAGAUAAGGUUGCUGCUAAGAGCGGCUGCAGACACUCAGUGCAGUGCAGCAUUCAUUUAUGCUUAGACUCAUUAAGCUCUGUAUAUAGUUGUAUAAUAGUUGUAGAUAGAAUAAAGAAGUUAUUCUACAGAGCUGCUCUCCGAGUUGUUUAUAUACUCUGCUAGACUCUGCUGUGCGACGACUGUCUUCUUGUGGAAGUGAAUCAGGUGCUCACAACUCUAAGCUGUGAGUCCACAGCACUUUGACCUGUUCCUGUGCAGAAGGUGGUCUCUGGAAGUGCUACCCAGCUCGCCUAGCCCAGUCGGGGCUGAAGUGGAUGAGUCCAGUUGGUGGCACUGGCUCAAGGGCGAUGCUGACAGAUUGCCUGUAUUGAAACAGAGACGCGCCCCUCAACCUUUUUGUGCCUGGGGCAAUCCCCCCCAGUAGCCCCCACUACGCCACACCAUUUCCCCUGUAUGGAAUCCUGGAGAGCCCCUGUUAUUCAGUGUAGACAGUCCUGAGCUGGACAGACCAAUGCUUUGACCCAGCAUCCGUCAGCUUCCUAGGUUCCUACAAUUAAACCAGCAAAUUGUUAAAGUGAUCCAGAAGUUGUUAGCCCCUUCUAUAGAGUACCAACAGCCUCUGUGCCUCAGGUCUGAUGAAUGAUUUUAAGCUGGACCAAGUAUCAAAUGCAGGAACUGAUCGUUUUCUAUUGAUCUGUCUAGCGUGCAAUGCACAGUAUAUGAAACCCGACUUGGUGAGCACCAAACAAAUUGAUGACAUUUAUCUGGGUGAGCAAGGAUCAAACCGGCUCUUUUCCUUGCAGGGAUCUUUUCACCACAGGAGUACUUUUUCCAAUCUCAUUAAUCCCAGAUUAUCUCACUUUAGUUACUAUCAGCCCCUGCAGUCUCCUUUCCCUUCUGGAUUGUGAUUCCCAUGUUCUUCUAGCCAGUAACAUGACGGGUAAUCUGACGAGUUUGUGCUGGGCAAGAAAUUGCAUUGGGAAAAUACAAUAUAGGUGGAUUAGACCUAACAACAAAAGUUUUGUUUCUGUUCACUUGGACUUGAACAGAAACAGUGUUUGUUUCUCUCUCUAACACCUGGCAUUAAUUGACCUAGCAAUGCCAAGGCGAAAUGAAUUGUCACAGUAGGGCGUGCUGAAUUUUUCAGCUUUCAAAAUCAGAAAGCAAGGGGUGCUAAAACGUUGUAACGUGACUUAGGAAUUCAGAUGUUGUUUGGGUGAAAUGCAUAUGAUUUGCUUUUGCUUGGUCAGUGAAAUGAGUGUAAAAUUGCAUAGAAAUCAUUACAAACGAUUGCUAGGAACUUAGUUAUUUUUAUUUCAGUAUUAACGUAAUUACCUUACAUCUUCAGAAGUUAAAAUUCUUUGGUUUUUCCGAAAGCCGUUUUUUCUGCUUCUUCAUCAGACAUAGACUUACCAUGCUAAAUGUUGUUCAGUCACAAAAAUAAUCGCAGAUUUUAAUUCCUCACACCCAAAAACAUAUUUUAAACAUAUUUCACCCCAUAAAAUGGCAUGCGCUACCCAGGGAGCCCAGCUCACUUCCCCGGCUGCUUUUCUUUGCCAUUGCAACCCCAUUGCUUUGCCAUUCUCCUGUCCAGUACACCAGCCCCCUCCAGACCUUGUUGGACUACAACUCCCCCAUCAGCCAAAGUCAGCAGAGCCAAUGGUAAGGGGGGGGGUCCAUGUGUGUCAAUUCUCCUCAUUUCCGCAUCAAAAAACGGCCAGUCCUGGAAACCUCUUCCACGUAAACAAUACUGAGCUCGGCAACCCAAUGGGCCUAACUCUGUUCCAGACAGCUCCUUCUGUCCUUAGAAUGAGGGGCAUUUGCUCCUGACAAGAUCUAUCCCUGUCCCUCCUUUGAAUUUAUCUCUUUAAAUAUCUCUAUGUGAUUUAUAACCAGUUUACAAGAGGAGGGAGCGAUGGCCACCAACUUGGAUGGCUUUGAGAGGCAGAAAUGCUUCUGAGCACCAGUUGCGGGAAACCACAGGAGGGAACUCCACUUACGGGUUUCCUGUGGGCGCAUCUGGUUGUCCUUUGUGAGAAGAGGACGCAGGACAUGGGCCUGAUCCAGGAGGACUCUGCUGUGGUUCUCAUGUUCCUUCUUCCAUUGCAGCUCUCCUGGACCUUCAGGGUGACUUGGACGUGGCUGUCUCAAACGCUGCGGUGGCGGCCAGCGAGGAGCUUUUUAGACGCUGCGGCGGUCGGAUCAAUCCAAAGAUUGUACCCAGCCAACAUCUCCUGUCCAUGCUAAAAAACAACAUGGCAAGGCAGUGA